CGCCUUCCGUCUCUCCCGGCUCCGCUGUUGUUCACCGCCGUCACAGAUGAGCUGGGAAGAGGAGGGAAAGCGGAUGUAUCUGGCCAGAGGAAAACGGGAGGAGUUUGGAUCGACAUGCGAGACUUACCAGCGGCUCUGAUCAUCAACGGCUCUCCCUCUCUUUCUCUGUGUGUGCGUCCCUCCCUGUCUCUCUGUCUCUCUCUCUUUCACACACGCACAAACACACGUGCGCUCUGAGACUCACACACACUCGCGCCGACUGGAUGUCUUCUCGCUAGGCUGAACGAGAGAGGUGUGAGUGCACCGGGCGCUCCCUGGCUGAGGGGCUGGAGGGCUGAUGAUGGAUCUAAAGGAGAGCUGUGGCAGUCAGGGGAGCCAGGAGAGCUCCAGCCUGCAUCCCACCUCCUGGCAGGCCUUCGCUCACACCAGCACGCUGCAUGGCCUGCGCUUCAUCUUUCCUUAUGGUCAGCCCAGUCUGCGCCGCUUGCUCUGGGCUGUGGCUCUGCUGGCCUGCCUGGGACUGUUAGCUUUGGAGAGUGCUGAGCGCCUGGCCUAUUUCUUCUCCUACCCUCAUGUGACCAGCGUGGACGCUGUGGUGUCGAGCAGCCUGGUCUUCCCUGCUGUGACCAUUUGUAACCUCAAUGCUUACCGAUUCAGCCGCCUCACGCGCAAUGAUUUGUAUCACGCUGGAGAGCUGCUGGCCCUGCUGGAUGUGCACCUGACGAUCCCCCAGCCUCACCUGGCGGAGCCUGAUGUGCUGGCUUUCCUGCAGGAAAAAGCCAACUUCACCGCCUACAGGCCCAAGGCAUUCAGCAUGAAGGAGUUCAUUGAGAGGGUCGGCCAUGACCUUAAAGAGAUGAUGCUCUACUGCCGUUACCAAGGCCAGGAGUGCAGCCACAGCGACUUCAAAACCGUGAGUCCACUCAUGUCUUCUUUUAAAUGUCAGCUCUGUUGAGGUCAGAACCUUUCUGCAGCAUCCUAGCCCUCAGAGGACUCUGCUUGUGA